AUGGUCGCGGACGCGCUAGUCUAUCAUCCAGCAGUGGCGCACUACUUGCGCUACGUUGCAACCACUGUUGGGAGAGAUAAAGUCUUGCGGACGAUUCAGUACUUUAGUCGCUUCUAUGCCUGGUAUCUCUACCGCACGAACAACCCAGAACGUCUCAUCCAGCCCUGGGCGACAGUCAAGACCCAAUUCGCCUUGACCCGUAAGAUUCUCCGCAUCGGCAAGUUCGUGGAGCAUCUCCGCGCUGCAAGUGAGAUUUACGAUGCCUCUAUCAAGGCCAAUAGUGGCGAUAAGGUCACACAGUAUCUCCAGCUACUGCGACAAGUCGGAUAUACAGGCUACAUGUUCUUCGACAUGCUGACCGUGCCGGACGCGCUCGGUGUCAAGAAAUACGAGAGUGCAAAGCGGCUCCAGGCCACGGCAUACCGCAUGUGGCUGUUCGGUCUCAUCUCGAGCGCAAGCGCAGGUCUCUACGCACACUACAAGCUGCAAGCCCGCGUCAAGGCCACCGAUGAGAAGGAUGCGGAGGGUAAGGUCGAGAGAUUGACUUUGGCAAAACAACAAAAGGUCACCAACAUUCAGCUCGUGUCCGACCUGUGCGACUUGACUGUUCCCAGCACCUUCCUCGGCUACACCAAUCUGGACGAUGGUCUGAUAGGCCUUGCCGGCACUCUUUCGAGCUUGCUCGGUGUGUACGGCGCUUGGCAGAAAACGGCAUGA